AUGUCGCGUCUUGUCCCGACCCUCGCCGUCUUCCUCGUCCCUGUGGUACUUGGGGCAGCCACAAUUGGUCUGACCUACGCACCGUGUUACGCUACUGUAUGCCCCGAAGACUACCUCGACAAAGAAACAAGGUAUCACUUGGCCAUAUUUUACGGCAUGCUUCUGAUCCUGAGUUUUGCACUUUACUUGCGGUCAUCGUUUCGCUCUCUCCUUGCUAUGAGUAGCCAUCGUUCAGCUGAGCUUCCGCUGCUCCGCAAAUAUGUUACUGUCGGGGGCGCUGCUACCACAGCAUUCAUCGCUGCUGCCGCACUGGCUACGGCUGCGCUUUGGUGGCCCGCUCUGUGGAAAUAUUGGGGCGACAGAACAGAUCCUCUGGACUGGGACUCUGCCAAGAUUCGUCUCACUGUCACUGGUGUAACAGGUCACUACGCAGACAUCCUUUUGGGCCUGUUGAUCAUACCAGUCUCGAGGGAUAACUUGGUGGGACGAGCCUUCAAAUUACAUCAGAGCACGUUGCUGUUUGCUCACAAAGUGGUUGGCUAUCUUUUUUUGCUAGCAGUGCUAGCUCAUGGAGUUGCCUACGCCAUGUAUGCGCUCGAUACCUCCGGCGAUGGCGACGAGAGAAAGACCGAGGCCUUCGGUACAGGCAACCCAACCAUGACCCUUAAGGAAAGCGAAGAACGGGGCGAGUGGUACUCCUCUACCACGUACAAUGGAGCUGCUGUCCUUGUCGUCAUCAUCUUUAUUACGCUUACCGCCUCUGCCUGGAUCCGACGACGCAACUACAACUUCUUCUACUACACUCACGUUUUCUGCGCGAUUCUGAUCUUUAUCGGCGCCAGCAUCCACGCCAGCACAGACUUCUAUCUGUUGCUACCUGGUCUGUCUCUGUGGCUUUUCGACUGGGUUUCUCGACUAUUCCGUGGAGAAGGUGGCGGGUUGCAUGAAAAGGUCAACGCGACGUUGGAGAAUGCGGGCAGUGGCUGGUACAGGCUAUCGCUUCCUGUUGUCACACGCAGCAUGAAAAGCUACGAUGAAAUCCCAGAGUCUCACGCUGAAACUGGCCUUUCGUCUCUUGCUCCCCUCAAAACCUACUACAUCAACAUUCCUUCAGUCAGCAACCUUCAGAACCACGCCUUCACGGCGGCUGUCCCAACUUCUAGCAGUGCAGGACCUGUAUUUCUCUUUCAAAGAGCAGGCAAGGAAUCGAAGAAGAGUCAGAAGGAGUGGACAUGGAAGGUUGGAGCGUUGGUUCCUCAUCCAAACGACUUUGCCACGUUGGAAGUGCGCCUGGAGGGUCCAUAUGAGCCACGAGACACCAAGUUCCAGGAAGCUUCUCACAUCAUCUGUGUUGUGGGUGGAACUGGAGUCACCGGCGCUUACAGUCUCGUCACUUGGUGGUUGAGAUUUCGAGCGCAGGAUACCAAUAGCAGAUUCAGUCUUAUCUGGGCUCUUCGGCACGGGGAACAAGCGAAUAUCAACGAAUGGCGCCAACUCGAAGAAACAGCGGCAUCGGUUCCGAAUUUGACACUGAUCACUCAUAUCAGUUCCGUGGAUGGCAGGAUGGAUCCGGGCAAGCUGAUCCGGCAGUCUCUUACCCUCGAUCACAUCUCGAGUGCAUUUGCUGCAGAUGGGGAACAAACCAAAGACGCCAGUGCCUGGAUUUAUAGCUCAGGUCCGGAUGGUUUGAUCCGAGCAACGGAAGCGGCUUGUGUGAAGAUAAGACAUGAGAUCAGGGAAAUGAGAGGCAAAUCUCACGUCAAAGAGAUUGGCUGGUACAUGGCGAAGUGGGAGGUUUAG